CUCCCCCACCCAGACAGGAGGCAGAGGCUGAAUGAGAACAGCUGCUCCUAGACACCAUUCGGUGGGCCAUCUGCUAUUAGAGCCAGGCUGGGCCUUUGUCCCCGUUUCCUGUGAGAGUGGGGCCAGGUCUCCACCUCCUUCCCUGUGAAUAUUAUGGAAUGUCUCAAGGGGCAAGAGCUGCAAACACUGGGGAGUGGAGCCUGGGACAAUCCUGCCUACAGCAGCCCCCCUUCCCCGAAUGGAACCCUGAGGAUCUGCACUGUCUCCAGUGGGACACUCCCCCAGCCUCCACCCAAGAAGCCUGAAGACAGAUGCCAGGAGAAGACACAGAGAACAUUGAUGUCAAGCUGCUGUCUCCAUAUCUGUCACAGCAUCAGAGGACUCUGGGGAACAGCGCUGACUGAGAACACAGCUGAGAACAGGGAACUCUAUGUCAGGACCACCCUGAGGGAACUUGUGAUAUACAUCGUGUUCCUCGUGGAUAUCUGUCUGUUGACCUACGGAAUGACAAGCUCUAGUGCCUAUUACUACACCAAAGUGAUGUCUGAGCUGUUCCUACAUACUCCAUCAGACUCUGGGGUCUCCUUCCAGACCAUCAGCAGCAUGGCAGACUUCUGGGACUUUGCUCAGGGCCCACUCCUGGACAGUUUGUACUGGACAAAGUGGUACAACAACCAGAGCCUGGGUCGUGGCUCCCACUCCUUCAUCUACUAUGAGAACCUCCUGCUGGGGGCCCCGAGGUUGCGGCAACUGCGGGUGCGCAAUGACUCCUGUGUGGUUCAUGAGGACUUCCGUGAGGACAUUUUGAACUGCUACGAUGUCUACUCUGCAGACAAGGAAGAUCAACUCCCUUUUGGGCCUCUCAAUGGCACAGCGUGGACAUACCACUCACAGAACGAGCUGGGGGGCUCCUCCCACUGGGGCAGGCUCACAAGCUACAGUGGAGGUGGCUACUACUUGGACCUUCCAGGAUCCCGACAAGCCAGUGCGGAGGUCCUCCGAGGUCUUCAAGAGGGGCUGUGGCUAGACAGGGGCACGCGGGUGGUCUUCAUCGACUUCUCAGUCUACAAUGCCAACAUCAAUCUUUUCUGUAUUCUGAGGCUGGUGGUAGAGUUCCCAGCCACAGGAGGGACCAUCUCAUCCUGGCAAAUCCGCACAGUUAAGUUGAUCCGCUAUGUGAGUAACUGGGACUUCUUCAUCAUGGGCUGUGAGGUCAUCUUCUGUGUCUUCAUCUUCUACUAUGUGGUGGAAGAAAUCCUGGAAAUCCACCUGCAUCGGUUUCACUACCUGAGCAGCAUAUGGAACAUUCUGGACCUGGUGAUCAUUUUGCUCUCCUUUGUGGCUGUGGGUUUCCACAUAUUCCGAACCCUGGAAGUAAACCGACUGAUGGGAAAGCUCCUGCAGCAGCCAGACACUUAUGCAGACUUCGAGUUCCUGGCCUUCUGGCAGACACAGUACAACAACAUGAACGCUGUCAACGUUUUCUUCGCCUGGAUCAAGAUAUUCAAGUACAUCAGCUUCAACAGAACCAUGACCCAGCUCUCCUCCACGCUGGCUCGCUGUGCCAAGGACAUCCUGGGCUUCGCUGUCAUGUUCUUCAUCGUCUUCUUCGCUUAUGCCCAGCUCGGCUACCUGAUCUUUGGGACCCAAGUGGAGAGCUUUAGCACUUUCGUCAAGUGCAUUUUCACUCAGUUCCGGAUAAUCCUUGGCGAUUUUGACUACAAUGCGAUCGACAAUGCCAACCGAAUCCUGGGCCCUGUGUACUUCGUCACCUACGUCUUCUUCGUCUUCUUCGUGCUCCUGAACAUGUUCCUGGCCAUCAUCAAUGACACAUACUCAGAGGUCAAGGAGGAGCUAGCUAGCCAGAAGGAUGAGUUACAGCUUUCUGACCUCCUGAAACAGAGCUACAAGAAGACUCUUCUAAAGCUGCGUCUGAGAAAGGAACGGGUUUCAGAUGUGCAGAAAGUCCUCAAGGGUGGGGAACCAGAAAUCCAGUUUGAAGAUUUCACCAACACCUUAAGGGAACUGGGGCAGGCAGAGAAUGAGAUAUCGGAGCUCAAGGCUGCCUUCGCCAGGUUUGAUCAGGAUGGGAAUCACAUUCUGGAUGAGAAGGAGCAGGCACAGAUGCGACAAGGUCUGGAAGAGGAGAGGGUGGCCCUCAGUGCUGAGACUGAGAACCUAGGCCAGUCCUUUGGAUAUAGCACACUACAUGAAUCGGGCCCAGAGGCGGCCAGAGCAGGAGGCUGGGUUUCUGGAGAAGAGUUCUCCAGCCUCACAAGGAGAGUUCUGCAGCUGGAGAGUGUUCUGGAAGGAGUUGUGUCCGCGGUUGAUGCUGUGGGCUCAAAGUUGAAGGUGCUGGAGAGGAAAGAGGGCCUGGCUCCCUCCCCAGGAAUGGAGGAGCUAAAUGUUUGGAAGAACCUGUAACCAGUCCUAGUUAUCACUCUAGUCCCCUUGGGAGUCCCUGGAAAUCAGGAGAAUGAAAGGGGAUCCUAAAAUAUCAGACAACAAGUUCCUCUUUCUAUUCCUUCCCAGAAGCCUCUUUUCCAUACUCCCCGCCCCCCUCCACACCACUUCUAGGGCAGCAUGUCUCGUGAUAGCUGCUGUGUAGUCCCACCCUGUAUCUGACCUUUGGAGCCAAUGUUUUUGUGUGUGGUUUGGUAGCAUGUUUAGACUUGUCUCUUGGUGUUUCUCUGGGUAGUCACACACCUCUGUAAAGUAGUAUUUCCUACCUGACUUCUCACUCCCUGUGCGUUUACUUCUACCGUAGUGAUUAGCAUCAAUAACAAACCAGAAAAAGGAAAAGACCACAAUGACUCUCCUAAAGAACUCAGACAGCCACGAUUGUUCAAAAGAUAGGAGCCCAAAGAGUAGGUGAUAGAUAUGUCUUCCUACUCCGCAGUAAAUCUUACUCUUUUGUGAUGGGGGAUGUCCUUGGUUGAUGAAUAAAGCUGUUUCAGCCAGUGGACAGGCAGGUGGGAAAUACAAACAGGGCUAGAGAAAGGUAGUAGGCGGAGUCAGAGAAGCACCAUAUAGCCUGUGGGGGAAGCAAGAGACCUGGGUAUUCUCUGGUAAGCCAAGAUGAUGUGGAAAUACACAGAUUAAUAGAAAUGGGUUAAUAAUUAAGAGAGUGCUAGCUAAUAAGAAGCCUGAGCUAUGGGCCAAAGAGUUUAUAAGGAAUACACGCCUUUGUGUGUUUAUUUGGCACUAAAUGGCUGCAGGACGGAGCGAGACAGAAACCUCAGUCUACACUUCUGUGUUGUGUCUAGAGAUCCGCAAUUGGCACUCAUGGAUGUGUGUAGGGGAGGUCUUUUCUCCCCCUGCGGAGUUUCCCUGUAAGAGACAAAAGGAAGCGCCUGAGGAAAGUAGAUUCUUGUGUGGUGAGAUUUCAACAGAGGAGUUGAAUGACACCCUUGAAGGUGAAGUCGGUGCAGGUCCUUCUGGGGGAGCCCACCCUCCGAUUCCCAUGUUCCACCGAAUACCUGGAACUGAGGGGACCUCAAGCCUGGAAACAGAACCAGAACCCAGAGGGAACCAGGGAAGGAAGUGACAUCGAGAUUCAUCUUAUGUGGUGGUCUCUGACUCUGUUCAUCAUAGGACAACAUGGGGUUCCAAGGUGACUAUCAAUAAAACUCUUUAGAGAGUCA